AUAAUUUCGUUAAGAAAACAUUAUCCUAUUUUCGAUGAUAAAACAAAAGAGACCAUUAAUUAAAGCUCCAACGCAGUGAUUCUCACGCGCCGGGCGUUUCACUUCCCCUACAAACAUGUGUUUACUCCCAAGUCUGAACUAACAUAAAUGAAAAUCUCAACCGUACAUAUUCCGUCACUUUUAUUACUCACUCCCUUAAACAUUUCACCACUCCUUCCUCUCUCUCCUUCUCUCUCUCUCUCUGCAACUCCAAAUGCCUCCCCAUACCCAAACCCACUCCCUCAAACAACUCCCACCUCACCACCACCAACCCUGACUGACCUCCCUCCCAGAUGGGCAAAGCUUCUAGAUGGUUUCGCAGCGUUAUCGGCCUCAAAAAGUCCGAUAAGACCCACAACAACAACAACAACUCCUCAUCACCUUGUCCCAAACCGCCAUCCACCAAGCGCAGAUGGAGCUUUGUCAAGUCCUACAGAGAAAAACACCACCCACACAAUCACAACCACCAAACCGACCCCGCUGACGAGUCCUCCUCCGCUAACGACGUCGCUGAUCCGAACAAGCAUGCCAUCGCCGUGGCGGCCGCGACAGCUGCUGUGGCCGAGGCCGCUGUUGCCGCCGCCCAAGCUGCCGCGGCCGUCGUCCGCCUCACCAGCAGCGGACGGUGUCCCAACAACAACAACAACCCCGCGGCGUACGUUAGCGGAGGCGGAGGAGGAAGCGUUGGGAUUCGCGAGGAGUGGGCAGCUGUGAAAAUCCAAGCGGCGUUCCGUGGCUGUUUGGCGAGGAGAGCAUUGCGUGCAUUAAAAGGACUGGUGAGGCUUCAAGCACUGGUUAGAGGUCAUAUUGAGAGGAAGAAGUGGGCUAAGCGGUACCAGCGGUUUCAAGCAAUAUUGCGAGCGCAGGCCAGAGCUCGAGCAGGGCGAACCCAGAUCUCAGAGCUCUCACAUUCACAUUCAAGUUCCCAAUCUUCUCAGAUUCACCAACCUGGUCCUGCAACCCCUGAAAAAUUUGAACAUGGCCUUCGAUCCAGGAGUACAAAACAUGAACAUUCAUCAAUACUCCGGAGAAAUAGCUCAAGAUCAAAUGGUAGGAUUAUUGGUGAUCAUGACAGAGCUCACUCGGAACGAUCAUGGGAGCAACCAGGGUCUGCAGUGAAGAAUGGCACUCCUGAGGAUGAGAAGAACGACAAGGUCCUCGAAAUCGAUACUGGGAAACCCCAUAUUGCAGCUAAACGUAGAAAUCUCUUCCACUCUACUCAUCUUGCUGUCGCUUCAGACCAAUACAGCCAUAGCUUUACUACAUCAAAGGACUCAACAACUCAUCAGACACUUCCAAGUCCGUCUUCUUGUGAAGUCCAAUCGUUAACCCCAUUGAAAUUCUCUAGAGAGCUGGAGGAAGACGCAUUCUGCACAGCUAACAAUAGCCCACAGUUUUAUUCUGCUACUUCUUCAAGGGGUGGUAAUUCAAAGAAAAGUCCUUUCACUCCCACAAAGAGCGAUGGCUCGAAAAGUUACCUGAGUGGGUACUCAGAUUACCCGAACUACAUGGCAUGCACUCAAUCUUCAAAGGCUAAGCUGAGGUCACUUAGUGCUCCGAAGCAGAGGCCUCAGUAUGAGAGGUCUAGUUCAGCAAAGAGGUACUCUGUAGGCUUUGGUGAAUCAAGAUCAAAUGCACAAAGGAGUUCAGCCUUGCAUUCAAACUUCACAAAUAAAGCCUACCCAGGAUCUGGUCGCUUGGACAAGCUUGGCAUGCCUGUAGGUUACAGAUACUAAUAUGUUGCGCUUGGAGAGGUACUCAAAGUAUCGGGCGUGCCUCCAUUGUAGUUUUGAUUCUAAUCUGGCUAACUGAUGUAUUUAAGUACUUUAUUCUAAGAGGAUUCUAUUAGCGACAGCA